GCCAAGCAAGCCCAAAAAACCUAAGAGAGUAAGAAACAUCGCUUCCACUUCCACUCCCAUUUCCCAGGUCACAAUUAACACAGUUUGGGGAUUUGGACACUGAGGAUUUUUGUGGCUGCUGUGGUCUGAAGAAGUAACAACUGCACUGAUUUGAUGAACAUGAUGCUGGCUUCGUUCCCUGUAUACCCAAAACCCUUUGCAAGCGUUAGAGCAGAAUUCCAUACACAGCAAUCUUCUUUUCUCAAGUUCGCACCUCAUUCCUAUCCUCUUGCAAGCAAAAUCCUUGUUAAGAAUUUGCCAUAUACUACUGGUGAGACUACUUUGCAAAAGGAAUUUUCGAAUUUUGGCAAGAUAGCUGAAGUUAAGGUUGCUAAAGAUGUAAAAACGAAAAGAUCAAAAGGAUAUGCUUUUAUUCAAUACAUGUGUCAAGAUGAUGCCAUGCUUGCGCUAGAAACAAUGGAUCAGAAGGAUUUUUAUGGUAGGACGAUUCAUGUAGAAAUCGCAAAGCUUGGCUGGGAUGAUUAUGGUGCACGGCCAAGGACCUCGGGGCCCCAAAAGAAAUGGACUUUGCCAGAGCCAGAGCAAGAGGAGGUGGUAGAUUGCUGGUACUGAACUAAAUUUUCUGAAUCAGUGAAGUUUCUGAAGAUUGAAGAAGCUAAAAUGUUGGAAGUUGUAGUAUGCUAGGAGGAUGGCUGUUGAUGCAACAAUUUCAGUUCAUUACCGAUCAUCUUGGCAUAAAAUAAAUGCUAUAUCUUUGAAGAUAUUGAAGAUCAUUUGCAUUAACUAUAUUUUGUAUAAAACCAUUUAAGGAGUGGGAUAUGUAACAUGUUACAAAAUGGGUGUGCUUUUCAAUAACACCUUGGCUUUUUGAUGUAAGGAUUAAGGAGAUUAUUGGAGAUCAAAACAACUUAUGUUAGGUUUACUCAGCCCUUUCUUAUGUAUAUUAUGAGCCUCUUCAAACACUCUUUUAUUAAGUAAAGAGGAUUGUAUUUUUUGUUAAUUAAACAAAUCUUAAUUUUUUA